AUGUAAAAAGUCCAAUUAAAUAAGCAGGGAAAACCUCAGUCCUUUAAGAAGGUUCAACUGGGAGUUUUAGGAAAGCCUCUAAGCGGUAUGAAUCAAAUGAAUUUAGAUUACUCUGAUUCAAAGAGUUUUAUAGCAUUUUAUGAGAGCUAAAGGCGAAGAGAUGAAGAUUAGUUUGAGAAAAAAAACAUUUUUAAAGUAUUUGAUAGCUACAUUAAAGAAAAUUCAUCAAAAGAAGAAUAUUUUAAAUAAAAAUCUAAACAGAUGAAAGAAAGAACACUAAAACAUAAUUUGUAUUAUAUUGACCAAUAGAUUAUCUAAAAAGAACUCAACGAAAUAUCGCUCACUAAUACUAGAGCUGAGUUUGAUAAAAAAUCUUCAAUUUAAAGUGAUGAAUUGUUGCUGAAUAAACAAAUUUAAGCAGCUUAAUUUAUUUAGGGCUUUAAUGAACAAAGUAAAGGUAAAACAGGAGCAGGAGAAAAUUUUUAAAAUUAAAGCUAAACUUUCAAUCGCAAAGAAAUGCAUAUUAUUAAGCUUAAAAAUAAAAAUCAAUCUUCAAAGAUAGAUGAGAAUUAAGAAUAUCAGUAAAUUUAACAAUGCGAGCAGAAUUAAGGAUUGUUUUAGAUUAAAAGAAAAGUAACUAAUUUUUAAGUAAAUUCCAAGUCAGACAUUUAAACUAAACAAUUAUAAUAUGAAAGAGUUAAAUCUCCUACUUAGCUAAACUAAUCUAUAGUAGCAAGUAUGGAUAUUAAGAUCCUUAAAAAUUAAAAAUAAGUUACAUUUAGCAGUACUCCUUAGUAAGUUAUUUCCUUAAAGCAUUCUCUAUCAAGUUUAGAUGUAGCAUCAACAGCAUAAAAAUUUAAGUAGAACUCAACCCACUAAAAAAUAAAUACUCAAAUUAUUCAUUCUUAAUAAGAAAUAGUUUAAGAUCUACCAAGGAAAUAAUCAAUCUACUUUGCAAACAAACUAAAUUAGGUUAUCAAUGACUUGGAGAAGCCUUUUAAAGAAGAAUAAGACUUAUUUUUAGAACCAGAAACAAAUGAUUGCAUUGUUUAAAAUAUUGAAAAUAAAUAAAAAAAAAUAAAUUAAAGCGAAAGCGAUUAUUUGCAAAAUUAAAUGGUUUAGUAAGAAAAUUAGGAUAGCUUAAUUGGAAUAAUAUCUCCUUAGUAACAAAAUUAAAAUGAAUAACAAAGAGAAUAAGAAAAAAUGAGUAAAAUUAAAGAAAAUUCUAGUUAAAAUGAUAGAACUGAAAUAUAAAAAAGCAGUGAAAUCAAAAAUGAUUAAUAAAUCUAUUUGAAACACAACUUUUCUCAUUCUUAGAACUAGCAAAAUACAACGAUUUAAAAGUCUAACAUAAAUUUGCUAGAUUAAUCUUAAAAUGCCUAAUAAAUUUAGAAAAAAUCUUCAGAAUAACCAUAAAAUCAAAAGAAGGUCUAUCAAAAGAAAUAGUAGCGAGCAGAAGAAAAAAAAACAAAUAUUAUUAAAAAUUCCAAUAAAAUAUAGAGCAACUCUUCAUAUCGCAGCGUCUUUCUUCCUAAUAAUUUUAUAAUUAUUUUGGAAAAAGGGUUUUCUCUAUUCACAUACCAUUUUUCAGAAAAAUUUAUGUAAGAACGCAUUUUAACGUUUCUCACAAUUUAAGAUUGCAUGUCUCUACGAUUGGUAAAUAAGGAAUUGUAUAGGAGAGCAAAUAAGAUUUUGUUUUUGAGGAGUUAGAGAGAGUAAUUGAUAAUCGAAAAAAAGAUAUUAAAAUCAACUUACAGAUCAUAAAUUAGUGAUUUUAUAGAAAAUUAAAUUUAGGACUUUGUCCAAAUUAUCGAAUCUUUCGAAGAUAUUUAAGAUUCAGAUUACUCAGAAUUUAUGUAAAUGGUAAUACCGCCUUAAAACCUUUUAGUCGUAUUGCACAUAUUUCUUUGCUUAUUCGGCAAGAAAAUAGUUGGAAUAGAAAGUCUUUUAGAUAACAGAGCUUAAUGGAAGAGAGUUAUGACUGUUUGUUUUGUAAAAGGGUGUGCUAAAGAAUAAAUAAAAAAAAUCCAUCAAAAAGCAAAUUUAGAGUAGCUACAUGAGCUGCUUCCUUAAAAAAUUUAUGAGCAUACUAGAGAAUAAAUCUCUUAGAAUGACUCUAUCCUAUCUCAGUUGACUUCUGAAAAGUAUCCAUUUCAAUUUAAGUUAUUCACAUUUGUAGAAAAGAUUUUGGAUCUUUAUGAAAUCCUGUGCUUGAAAUAUCCAAAUGUCAUAAAAUUUAUUGAAUUAUUAAAAUAAAUAAAAAAUGACCCUGAAAUAAGAGUAUUAUCAUUUGUGGAUGAUAACUUUUGCAAUAAGUUUGAAUUAGUUUGA